AUGAUGGUCAAGUAUAUCUAUCCCGGAGCUUUGAUUCAGCUUUUCGCUGGUAUAGCACGCAGUACGACCCCGGAUCUACCUUACCAUCCAGCUUAUAUCUGGACCCAGUCUGGGGACAAUGGCCCUCUAGCUUAUGUUCUCUCCCCGAAGUCUUCUACCUCGAGUGAGCUUCAGCUCAAAGCAUUGGAUAUAUCGGCCCCUUUCGAUGCGUCAGCGCCGCGUUUCGUAGGUCCAAGCACCGACCCUCCCUCCCCGCCCGACGAUGGUGCCAAAAGCACCGUUCCUAUUCCGAAUAAUGACGGUCUUCCCAUGGUCUAUACUGGUGACUGCCGGUCAGGCCGGGCAGAGAUAUGGCGUUUUGCUCCCAAUCCGGAAAUAUCGGAUGGUGACGGGACAUGGUCAAAAUCGUCUUUGAUGCAAAGAGACAGUGACGAGGAGGUAGAAUCCAUAGGUCCAAACUAUUUGGCUGCGGCAAUCACCUUUCCGAAUCCAAAAAGCGAGGCGCCUCCAGACAUCUAUGUGUUUGGCGGAAUGUGUCCUACGGCCGCUAUUGACGACUCAUGGACUUGGAUUUCUGCAGCCAACUAUUCGCGGGCUAUGAUUUCGUUGCAACCGCCAAAGUCAUCAGAAGACAACGUUUAUGAGGUUUCAGUUUUACCAAACCUUUCUCCACCAGUUGAUGAAGCUGGUUUUACUAUGACCCCGCUGCUCCCGACAGUCUCCAAUUCAUCAUCCGGGAGACAACUACGGCAACAGAGCUUCGCCCUUAUUGGUGGUCAUACGCAGGAAGCCUUUCUCAAUAUGUCUCGAAUUGCUCUUUUCUCAUUACCGGAAGGUAGUUGGAGUUACGUCUCCGUUAAUUCCCCGAGCGAUAAUUUGCCUACCCGCAUGAAAGAUCAGGGUAUAGAGGGAAUCGAACCACGAUCCGGACACACAGCUAUUUUGGCGCCCGAUGGGGAUAAGCUCAUUAUUUUAGGUGGGUGGGUAGGAGAUAUAACGGUACCUGCCCAGCCGCAGUUGGCAGUCCUUCAUCUAGGCGAAGAUUACGGCGGUUCGGGUGAUUGGACUUGGAGCAUUCCCAGAGACUCUAACAACGGACUUCGUCCUGGGACCGGAAUUUUUGGCCACGGAGCAGCUAUGCUUCCAGGAGGGAUUAUGGCUGUCAUUGGCGGCUAUGAAAUAUCAGGAUCUUCAAAACGAUCCAAUUUAGGGGUUCGUGAUGCCUCACAACUAUACUUGUUCAAUGUCACAUCCGAAUCCUGGAUUACAUCCUAUGCUCCCCCCAAAGUUGAUUCGUCAGGAGAUAGCUCGGGACCGCUUUCCUCUGCGGGCCAGAAAGCUGGCCUGGGGGUCGGCCUUGGGGUUGGCCUAUCCGCCGCCGCCGCCGGUAUUGUUAUUCUCUUCUGCGUUCGGACACGGCAUAAACGAGCUCAUCGAAAAGCCCGUGAACAAGAGCUGCGGAACUUAGCUCUUGGCGCUGAACGGCCGCAUGUUAGCCUUGAUGAAGUCCCUGGUGGACUGUAUCAACCCAUGGUCCAAGUGAAUAGGAAGAAAGUAGAGUUAUAUGCGCGCCAUUCCUCUAAUCCUGGAAAUAGGAAUGAGUGGAGUGAUAAUGGGGCGUCGAUCGCAGAAAGAACAGGGCUAUUGUUGGAUUCAUCUGCCAGGAGCCCGAAAAGGGCAAUACAGUCGAGGACGUAUCAGCCUGCAACAUUCUCUGAAGAUCUCCGAAGGACUCCGACAUUUCGCAGCAUACAUCCGAUCGAAGAAGGGGAGGAGCAUGCUGAGAAUAAUUUGGAAGCGAACAUCGAACCAGUCAUCUCAAGAGAAACAAAGAGGGAUAGUAAGAGUUCCGUAAUAUCAGAUCCCUUUAAAGAUCCUCCAUCGCCAAUCAAAGCCUGCCUCCCUCCCCCCAUUACCCCGUCUCGCAAUGGGGAUGGCUCUAAAUUGGAGCGGAGGCACAGUCUUGGAUCCAACGAUUGGGGGUUGGGUGAAGUCUCAGGGUGGCCCACUCAAACGCCUGAUAAAGCGGACCGAACCUCAUCCAAUCUCUCCGAAUCAUCGAGAUCCUCGAUGUCGACGUCAUCCUACAGAACGAGUUCGAUGAGACUGGACCAGGUGGUCGCCCAGGCGCCCGUUUUUCGGCCUCGCCAGACUGUGCUGUCAGGCGAUACAUCGUAUGAAACGAGCCGUAAUCUGUCAUUACAAAGCCAUGCAUAUGAUUAUCUUGCACCACACUUGCUGAAUGAUGGGGCAACGUUUCCUUCGCAAUAUUUGGAACGAAUGUAUGCCUUCGAAAGCCAUGGACAGAAGGGUGGUGGAUCGCUGCUUGGGGCUGGCUCCAGCUCCCUGCUCCCGUCAGAAAGGAAAGACCCGCCAACACAAAAUAAAAACAAAGCAUUGGAAUGGGUGGGCUCUGUUCGUCGUGCCUUGAGCUUGGUGAAGAAGCCCGAAAACGAUAGAAACAACUCUCCAUGCUCUGACCUUGUUCCGAGCAUGGAGCGGAGUACGAGUUCCAGUCCAACAAAGAGUUUCCAUAGCGCCCAGGAACUCGCAUCCGCGCACUUAGAUAUGGGUGCGGGGCUACCGCGAAGAGCCGUAAGCACCAACUCUUCCGUUUUGAGGCGUAAGAAAGGCGCAAAGGAUUGGGACGUUGGGCAAUCCUCCGCUGAGAGAUCGGCGCUGCUUCGGAGAGAAACUUAUGACGGUACGCUGUCCUUUGACGGAGGCAUCGAUGGCGGAAGGAUUUCGGCUGCCACCGAUUUGACGGGAGAUGACGACGAAGAAGAAGAAGACUGGGACGUGGAAGCAGCAGCUCAGGGCCGGUUGGUGCAGGUAACAUUUACCGUUCCAAAGGAGAAGUUGAGGGUCGUCAACGUUGGGGACGAAGACACGCUAGAUUACGACGACGAUGGCAAUGAUCGUGAACGAGACACGACCAAUGAUACUACUUCUCUAGAUACGAAAAAGAAUAACGUUGCUGACGAAAAUUGA